CCGUUCCCCCUUUGGAAGUAGGGAGCCUGGGGGCCAGUCCCGCGCAAAUCACCGCCAGGGGAGAAGUGGCUGGAUCCCUCCUACGGCCUCUCCCCGCCCCUUCUUUUUUUCCUGGGUUGACCCUAAGCGCAGGGCGGGCGAGAAAGAAAGGAUUGGAAGGGGCUCCCGAGGGGUGGGGCUGGCGGUCUCUCGCCUUCCUCUUCCCUGUCCCGUUGGCCGAAAGGGUUAACAGGCAGCUGACAACAUCGGCCGCCGAGCCCCGCUGGCUUGCCAUAAACAUCUGGGGAGAGUUCUGGCCACUGGCAGUCUCUGAAUGGCUCCAGAAGGAAGGAACGAGCGCGGAGAAGUUUAGGUUUCAUUGCAACAAAGGAGAGAUCCAAGUCUAGAAGAUGCCUGUUCCACCUCCUCCAGCUCCACCACCUCCACCAACAUUUUCUCUGGCAAACACAGAGAAGCCUUCUUUGAACAAAUCAGAGCAGGCAGGACGAAAUGCUUUAUUGUCAGAUAUCACCAAAGGGAAAAAGCUGAAGACAGCUGUCACCAAUGAUAGGAGCGCCCCAAUUCUUGAUAAACCAAAAGGGCCAGGUGGCGGAGGUGGUAGCUCGGGUUUCUCCAGUGGUGGCGGUGGCAGCUGUAACAGCGGCAAUAGCUAUGGUGGAGGUGGACCACCUGGCUUAGGAGGAUUGUUCCAGGCAGGAAUGCCGAAACUUAGAUCUACAAGCAGAGAUAAUGAUUCUGCAGGAAACAGAGCUCCAGUGUUUCCACCAGGAGGGCGAGCAACAUCUGCAAAGCCCUUUUCACCUCCAGGUGGAGCAGGCAGAUUUCCGGGCCCUUCUGGACUAAGAGCCCUGGCUCCAGAUGCACAGAGAAACCGAAUGCCUCCCUCAAGACCUGACGUUGGCUCCAGGCCUGACACGGGUGCUCCCCCUGUGCCAAAUACUCCAAGGCCUAUCCCAUCCAGUCUAUACAACAGGGGAGCCCCCCCUGUGCCAGGGGUCAGCAGACAAGCCAGCUUAGGGCUUACCCCUCCGCCUUUCCCAGGAAAUAGAAAUCCAGGGUCUGGAGGAUCCAUUCGACAAUCACCAGUUAGUCCUCCUUCUCCCUUCUCGAACAGGCCUCCUCUCCCUCCAGUACCAGGUAGGCCAACAGAAGAUAAGACGCCUCCGCCAUUACCUCCAACUGGAAACAGGCCAUCUUUCAGCAGGGAAGCUUCCCUGCCACCUCCUCCACCUCAAAACCACAAGCCACCAAUUCCUUCCACACCACGGCCACCUGCAGCAUCUCAGGUUCCUCCUCCACUUCCCCCAAGUCGGCCAGGCCCACCUCCAGUUCCACCGGCAUCUGGCGGAAAUGAUGAAAUGCCGCGGCUUCCUCAAAGGAACAUAUCACUAGCCUCUCCUCAACCUCCAAGUCUGCCUGGCUCCAGUCGUUCUGGGCCUCCGCUUCCUCCCCCAGUUGAGAGGCCACCCCCUCCUGUAAGGGACCCACCCAGCAGAUCAGGAUCUCUCCCUCCACCUCCACCUCCAUUAACCCGAAAUGGAAGUACUUCCAGGGCACUGCCAGCUACUCCCCAUACUCCCCAGCUUCCUGCAAGAGGAGGAUUUGAAAAACCAAGAGGUGGGGCUGUGCCCCCACUUCCUCCUGACAGGCCAGGUUCUGGAGCACCACCUCCUCCUCCUCCACCACUACCCUCAUCUGCCCUCCGAAAUGGCUUCCAGGAUUUGUCCUGUGAUGAUGAGUGGGAAAGCAGAUUUUCAUUCCAUCCUCUAUCUGACUUGCCACCUCCAGAGCCAUAUGUGCCCAUGAACAAGAGUUAUCCUAGUAAAAUGGCAAAAAAUGACAAUAGAAGUGGAUCCAGUCGCAGAGAAAGAGGAGCUCCACCCCUUCCACCAAUCCCACGGUGAAGUGGACUUACAAUUCCUUUCAGGAUGACUGUUAUCCUUACGUAUUCCUUGAACCUCUCCAUGCAUUCAGAAUGCUCCUUCUCCUACAGCACUUUUGAGCACAACUCCCAACCUUUAGGUCAAGUUAUUGUUUUUUUUUAAUUUUCCUCUUUAAUUUGGUGAAGCUGAAGGACUUGCUUUGGAUGGCCAGCCUGCCUUGGUUUAGAUACAGGCUGGCUGUGAACUUAUUCCCCAUUUCUUGUCAUUACAUUCUACUGGUACCAGUGGAACUUGCUUCCAAUAACUUGCUUUGGGCUGGGUGGACUAUAAUAUUCUUACCUUGAAAACUAUCAUCAAAACUUGUUGGAAACUAUCAUUCAGUGCAUUCUGCUCAGCCUUGUCAUCAACAAGGAGAGAAAAGCUGCCUUGGUUUAUAGCAUAAUAUUCUUAGACAUAAUUCCUAGAGAUGAAAAUCUUCCAUAUUUCUAUGCAUGGAAACCUGGGUCACUUUUUAAACUGUAAUCUCUGUGAGAUUACGGAUCAAUUUGGUCUGGCCCAUUUGACCAUUAAAAAAAACGUGGCACAGUAAUUGCUACAUUCCACCUCUAGAAGGAGAUUGGGAUAAUUAUGUGACAUUUUCCCAGGCAAUCUGUUUGAUCUGUAAUGCAUUGUGGCCUUUUGGAGACCAAAAGAAUGUUGCCAUCAAGAUUGCUUAUAACUUUGGUUACGGCUUUCGCAAAUCCAUCUCAGUCUAGCUGUUGGGCUCAAUCGGAUUGAAUUGGAGAAUUUAAAAAGAAAAAAGACUGUGUGCUUGGUCAUUAGGUUGGGAUGCUGGAAGUGUCACUGUCAUCUUGAGGAUUACACCAUCACUUCACUAAUGGUUAUACUAUCAGAGCUCCCUUCUGAGAUGUAUCUUACCCCAAAGCUUCCCAUUUAUAUGUAAUGUUGUUUACUAAAAAAACCUGUAUUUUGAUCCACAAAAGACAGAUACUCAAAAAUUAUUUAGUGUACCCAAGUAUCAAAGAAUUCCAUUAAGACUUUUUCUGACUUUUUGCUAAUGUCUGUGUCCUGAACCUCCAUUUUUAUUAUGGUACAAGUUGAAACUUGAGUAUGGAAAGUUUUUAUUUGACUCAUAUGUGCUUCAAACAGCUUUUGUGUGGCAGCUACUAAUCAAACAUCCAGAUACAUGUAGGAAAUGUAUAACUACAGGACAAAUUCAAUUGAGCUUCUACAAGCUCUCACGAAGUUUUCAACCUGGGUUCAGAACAGUUUAGCAUUUACAUUCUGAUUUUGCUGCAAUGACAAUUCCUUUCACAGGAUUUUCCUUAUCUGAAAAGCUGCAAGAGAAGACUUGGUUACUGCUGGGUUGAGAUCAUAUGCUUUUGGAAUCCUGGCUGUCAAUAAAUGGAUUUGGCAAUUUACAACAUUUACUUUAAUCUACUAAUACCAACAUAUGGCAAGAAUCCUUGAAGAAUUAUGAUUCUAUACUGAAAUUCACAUGAUAAAUCAAAUACAGUAUCUACUUAGGGAAAUAAAUUCUGAAGAUUUAAUUUCAAGAAUCUCCCCAGUUUUAUCUACCUAAUAUUUCGCAAGGUAGAGGCAGGAGAGAGAUCUUUCAAAUGAUGUCAGCAGGGUCCAUAAGGAAGGUAAAAAAAUCAAGAUGGCAGUCACAGCAGCAUGAUCGAAGCCCUACCCUUUUGCUUCCUGGCUUGACACUGCAUGCAUGUACAGAGAAGCAGGGUUUCAGCUGCGCUGCCACAGCUGUCAUCUUGACUUUUUUGACCUCACCCCUGCAGAUGCUGCUGAGUGAUGUCAUGAAGUAUGGGGUGGGAAGAAGCAGAAAUAUUGACAAAUCAAUGUGCUUAAUGUAAUGUAAUGCAGAAUAGAAUUGGGGAAAGGUAGAGUAAGAUCUCUUAUAUGCAUGAAAAAUAAACUCCUAUCUUUGAGGAAAAAGUCUGAGGAAAAAACUCAAAAACAUUCACAAUGAUGUUUUGGAUAAGUGGCCUUAUCAGCAAAGACUCAUCUCUGUGUAUUUCCUAUUUAUGAUAAACAAAGCAGGAUGGAACUAAAGAGACCAGAAAAUAGAACUUUGCAUUUUCGGUAUAUGAGUGUGUGUGUAUGUUUGUAUUGUUUUUAAAUUUACUUUUUGGAUUAAAAUACGCUUUGUUUUAGUGUUGAGGUUCAUUCUUUGAACCCACUUCUGUGAUAGAAUUCUUAUAUAUGAGUACCUUUCAGGAUCCAAAGAUUUUGCUGUCAAAUCAGAGAAUUACACCAACUAUGAUCAGAAAUAUGUUGCAGCACUUUUCAGGGUCAUACCUGGUCUACAAGUAGAUUUUUCAGUGGACUUUUGCCCUUUUUGUACGUACUUAGCAAUUCUGACAUCCUGUACAUACAGUAUUCGUCAUUCCAGUUUCAGUCUGAUUGCCCUUCUACGGUAUAUAUGUGUGGAUUAUAAACAACUUCAACAUGAUGCAAAAAAGAUGAUUAUUUACGUUUUGUUGCAGGAACUGGAAUAUUUAUGUUUUCUGUAUUACACAGAGGAGAUUUUUUUUUUAAUGUUCCGAAAUCUCUGCAUCUUGUGUAUGUAGUUUGAUAGUCAAUUUCUUUCUUUUAGCAUGUAAAGUGAAUAUGCAGAAAGGAAUUCCAAAUCCACUGCAAUUGCGGUAGUUAAUGUAAUAGAACAUUUUGAGCUAGAAAUGUUGGACAAACUGAUGCAUCAAUGAAAGGGCCUGUCGUACCUGCACUCGCUCUUGUGCUAGUGGAUCAGCCAUCAGAUUAAUAAGGUUAUAGAGCAGUGUUCUUUUGCCAGUAAAUCAGGAUCGGUUUUCUUCAACUCGGUGCCUUCUAGCUCCAAUGGGAUGACAGUUCCAAAUCUCAGAUCUUCCAACCACCUUGACCAUUGCUGAUUAGGAGUGAUGGGAGUUGUAACUCCAACACCUCCAGCAAGAACCAGUUUAGGAAAAACUAGUCAAGAUAUAGAGAUGUGAAGAAGUAUAUUCAGCCAGGGAUAGAAAGAGCAGGCAAAUAAUAAAAAUACCUGUACUGCGCUUAGUUAUGUUACGUUACUGUGCUUAAUUAUAAGCACAUAUCAGAUAAAAUUGCUUACAAUAACUACUAUUAUUACUACUACUAAAUAGCUGCCAUUUCUGUGGUAUUUAGAAAAUUAGAUCCAUCUUUUUUUUUACUGUUAAUUGAUCGAAGAAUUAACUUGGCAAAUUAAUUCUAGUGCAAUAUGAUCUGAAAUUCCAACCAAAGCCUUAUCGUUUAGAAUGUGAUGUGGCCUUCAGAGAGAAACUAAGGCUUCUCUCUUUCUCAGAGGAUAAUUUGUUAGCACUUUCUCUUCUAUAGGAAUCUUCCUUAAAGAGUUUAUGUUAAAUAUUGUAAGAAAAUAUUUCAAAGGAGAAAAGAUUUGUUUUGGUGGUGUAAACCACAUCUCUUUUUCUUUCACCAGAUAUAUUUUAAAAACAACAUGUUUAACACAUUUUAGUACAGGUAUUUUAGAGUACAUAUUUAUUUGACUAUGCACAGUAAUUAAACAGGGAAAAAUAAAAUAAGAUUUUCACCACUGGUGCCUUGAAACAUUUUUAAAACCACUUUUAAAGUAUCCGAAUGGCUGCUUUGAAAAGAAACAGGAUCUUAGAUCUUAUUUUCUCCAGCACCACUGUGAAUUUCAAAUAUAAAAUUUGUACUUUCUAGCUAUAUCAUGUGUGAUAUUCAAACAUACAACCUAUUCACUAUUUAGCAACUAAUCUUAAAAACUUACUAUACAGAAAUAUAAUGAAUUGCAUAGGACUUAUCAGACUGCAAUUUUAACAUCUUUAUUCUAGCAGUGGCUUGGAUGGACUAGAUCAAUGGAAAUUUGAGGUGGAUGUGUUUAAAAUUUGAAAGGAGCCAAAGUUUAAACCCUUUUGAUAUGAAUGAAAGAAUCAAAUGGGUUGUGAAAUAACAGGAUAUGCAUUUUAAAUAAAUGAUCAUAUUCCCACCUCUUCUUAUAUGAUUGCAUAUAUAUCAUGGAGUAAAGCAUGCCCAUAUUGUAAAUAAGAUGGUUUUUAUUUGACUUUACUUUGGGUUAUUAACAUGCUUAUCUUAAAGUACAUGUAUAUGAGAAACUAGAUGGCAAGUGAAUUUCUUGCAUGUAUGAAGGAAUAAAAAUUAAAAUGAUGCCAA